CAUGCGCACACACAUAACAGCGGCCGGUUGAGUCCAGACAGCUGUGCUGCGGAGCUCCGAGAAGCUGUGGAGAGGCCAGUUAUUCAGCGUAUCCGCACCCUUCGCUUUGGUCUACGAAAUCUUGGAUACGAUCUCACUCACGGACGGCCUCCAUUAGUCAAGUACACCAAGUAAAGAAAACAGUUUGAUGACAAAGAUUGGAGAUGUGUGCUGCUGUGUAUGUCUUGUCAACGGUAACGGGCUAUGUGCUCACCUCUGCCCUGCUGUUAAAGUGUCCAAAUCUUUUGCACCGGAAAAAGCGAGAGACCUUUGUCAGCAGACACAUUUCGCAUCGUGGAGGCGCAGGUGAAAACCUGGAAAACACCAUGGCAGCUUUCAAACAUGCUGUGGCUAUCGGCACGGACAUGCUUGAGCUGGACUGCCACCUGACCAAAGAUGAGCAGGUUGUGGUGUCGCAUGAUUCCAACUUGAGAAGGUCCUCAGGCCUCAAUGCCCAAAUCUGCAACAUGCCUUAUGCUGAGCUUCCUCCAUACCUCAGCAGGCUGGGUGUCACUUUUCAGAAGGAGUGUUACUGCGAGGGAGGAGAGGACAAACGUAUCCCUCUCCUCAGUGACGUUUUCGAUGCUUUUCCUAAUACCCCUAUCAACAUUGACAUUAAGACCAACAACGACACACUUAUACAGAAGGUGUCUGAGAUGGUUGUUCAGUAUGACAGAGAGCAUCUGACGGUGUGGGGCAAUGCUAGCAACCAGAUUGUCAAGAAGUGUUACAAAGAGAACCCUCGUAUUCCAGUGUUGUUCAGCUUUUCCAGAGUUCUGCAGCUUUUGGGCCUCUUCUACACCGGCCUUCUGCCCUUUGUUCCCCUCAAGGAGCAGUUUCUGGAGAUCCCCAUGCCCUCCAUUAUCUCCAAGCUUGAAGAUCCAAACACAAUAACAAGAAGUCAGCGAUUUAUGGCCUGGCUGGCAGACACUUUGCUGAUGAGGAAAGCUCUGUUCAACCAUCUAACUGCUCGGGGAAUACAGGUGUACAUUUGGGUACUGAACGACGACGAGGACUUCCAGAGGGCAUUUGACUUGGGAGCUACAGGCAUUAUGACAGAUUUUCCCACCAAGCUUAAAGACUUCAUGGACAGGAAUGGCAUGUCUAAUCCCCAGUGACCUGCCAAAAUCUACCUCACCCAAGCCCCACCGUGACGCGCCCACUUUAACUGAACGCAUUCCAGCAGAGCUGCUCUCACAACGAGCACUGCAGUGAAUAUGGAUCUUCUGCAUCAAGGAACCUUGUUCUGCUGGUAACACAACUUUUAAAUCACGCAUAAUCCUUGUAAAGUCACAUACCAUGUCUGCUUUGAACAGAUGCAGUGUGUGUUGGCGUUGUGUUUUUUGCAAGUUCUUUGACCCUUUGCUGCACUAUUAGACACCUGCACAUACAUACGCACAACAUUAGAAGAUUCUUAUUUGUGUUACAGAGUUAUUUAUGUACACAAUAUUUUAGAGGAUACCUGUAAAAACGGCAGAAAAUGAAAUGAAAUCUAUUUGAAACCUAGUGUUUACGAGUCUUACCAGUCUUCUGUACCAUAAUAUGUUUAUGGUGUUUGACUUGAAACACUUUUUACUACAGUAAAGACUUGAUGUUUUUUUUUUUUGUUUGUUACAUUUGACAUUUUUCAUGUGUUGGCCCCAGUGAAUACACCAGCAGCUGUUACUUGAUGCAUGAAAGUAAUGCUAAAUCUCCAGCUGCUUUAUGGUGUUCUGAGGAUUGUCUGUCAUUUAUAAAUGCAAUAAUCUAAGCUCCUUGGUGAAAUUUUAUGUUAGUGUAAAAGGAUAUAUGUUAGCUCUCAGCUCCACUGAAGCACAUUAGUUUUAGACAAUAAAAAUGCAGAAUGCUACAUAUUUAUUAAAAAUUAGAGCUAUGACAAAUUCAGUGUACCACUAUGUGAAAACACUGUUUUUAAAUGUUUGUCUCCAAAUACAGUGUGUUCCAUGUUGUAUAGCUGUGUCUACUUUAUGUGUAGUUGAUUAGUCUCUGUUUUUUUUGGUGUAAUAUGUACUUUGUUUGAAAUGACAGGGCAUAGAUUAUUCAUGCAUUAAUUAAGAGACAUUUUGCACAAAAUAAGAAACGUAUGUCUCAUAUUUUUUUACCUGUGUUAAAGUGAUUACAAUUGUAUGAAUAGUUAUAUGCUCAGCAGAUUUCUGGGUAAUACUCUACAUUUUGUGAUCAGUUAAAUGGAAAAGUGUUAAAAAGGAGCAGGGAUGAAUGUAUUGUGUAUAUAGUUUGUUGCUGAUCUGUAAAAUGUGGUUUGUUGUAAGUGUAGCCUGAGAUUUUCUUGUUUUGAUAAGACUUCUCUAUCCAAAAUCGUUCUUUACACAUCUGUCCAUUCACAGUCUAUAUUGCACAUACUGUAUUAAUGAAUAAACUCUAUAUUUGUUUUGAUAAAAUGU